UCCGGUGGCGGCGGCGGCGGCGCAGCGCAGCGCAGCAUGGAGAGCUCGGCCGUGACCUUCACGCUGGCCUACGUGGUGUUCGCCGUGUGCUUCGUCUUCCCGCCCGACGAGGUCCGCUCGGCGGGGCUGACGGUGCAGAGCCUGCUGGCCGCCUGGCUGGGCAGCGAGGACGCGGCCUUCGUGCAGUACCACCUGCGGCGCAGCACCGGCACGCUGCUGGCGCACUCCCUGCUGCCCCUCGGAUAUUACCUUGGUAUGUGCUUUGCUGCACCGGAAAAACAUCUUUGUCUUUUUUACCUGGCUCCAAAAGGAUGGAAAACUUUCUUCUUUUUUGCCGUUCUCCUCCCAGCAGUCACCAGUGCCCUGGCAUAUUACUGGUCACGGAAAGGUUGGAAUAAUCAUCCAUUAGCUCGGACGCUUGCUGUUCAUGCCCUCCCACAGUCAGGUUGGAGGGCAGUAGCUUCUUCUAUCAACAUGGAAUUCAGGAGAAUUGAUAAAUUUGCUACUGGAGCCCCAGGAGCGCGGGUGAUUGUUACAGACACUUGGGUGAUUAAAGUGACCACCUACUGUUUACACGUUGCCCAGCAGCAGGAUGUUCAUUUGACGGUUACAGACUCCAGACAGCACGAACUCUCACCAGACUCAAAUAUGCCUGUGCAGUUCCUCACCAUCCGCGUUGCCAGUAUUAAUCCCUAUGUGAAGGCAUUUGAUAUUCGGUUGAACUCCACGGAGUAUGGGGAGCUCCGUGAAAAGCUCCGUGCUCCUAUCAGCAAUGCAGCUAAUGUGGUGAUCCAUCAAAGCCUCAGUGAUUUAUUUCUAGAAACAUUUACAUCUCUGGUGGAAAUCAACCAGACAUACCCUGCUCCAAGCAAUCAGGAACUGGAGCCUUGCAUAGGGUGCAUGCAGACUAACGCAAAUAUCAAGCUCAUCAAGAACUGCCAAGAGCCAAAUGAAGGAGAAUGCCAGCAAUGCUACUGUCGUCCUAUGUGGUGCCUCACCUGCAUGGGCAAAUGGUUUGCCAGCCGGCAGGAUCAGCAACACCCAGAGACCUGGCUGUCAAGCCGAGUGCCUUGCCCAACUUGCAGAGCCAAAUUUUGCAUUUUAGAUGUUUGCAUAAUACGAUGAAUAAUAUUUUGAUAUGUUACUUUUAAAAUUCAAAUGUAUUUCAUAGUGGGUUUGGCUAAAAAGUCUGUUAGGUUUCUUUUUUAUACUUGACAUUCUACAUAGGUGCAAGCUCUAGAGCUUUCUUUGACAGCCUUGAAAACAGUAGCCUAUCAUCUUUUCAGUUCCUCUCCACUUUUACCUUUAUUCGUGUGUUUUUAUUCACCAAAUAUUUCAGUUCUGGAAUCUCUCUCUCUCUCUCAUUUUUUUUUCUUGUUUUCGUUAUGUCUUGGAUGGAAUAAGGGUAUCCCAUGAAUGUAUUACAUACUAUUCUUUUUGCAAGUUUUAACAUUGAUGUUUUGAUUCUUUACUAAAGGGCUGAGAAAAUUGCUUUGAUUAGAUUUCAUUGAUACUUUUAUUAUUUGAUCCAUUGGUAAUGUUCAUGUUCAUCUUUGCAAGUGUUCACCAAAUGGGUACACCAGCUGUGUGUUUUUUGCUGGUCCUGUUCACUUAAAAGGGAUUGGUUACACUAGACUAAGAAAUUUAAUCUCUAAAGAUGUAUGGCUCUUGCAGGGACCUUGUAUUUCAUUAAUCUGCCUCUAACUGGUACUUUAAUGGACGUAUUUAUUUCAAACAACAGAAGAAUUCAGAAAUGUAUCCUGUUUACCUACACUGCUACUGCUGUGCGUAGACUGUUGUAGUUAAAUGUUCCUGGAAGUUGUAUUGCUUAGUUUCAAUGCUGUUUGGGUGUUGAUUUUUUUUUAAAACAUUUGAAGGGAAUGCAGCAAACAUUUGAACUGUUUAAAUAUUUGGAAAGAAUGCUCAGCUAUUUCAAAGCCUGUAAGUUUUCUAAAGGAUAACCUUUCCACUAAAAGAGAUGCCAGAAUUAGGUAUAAGUUGCCAUGCUAGAUGUCCCAAGAAUGACCAUCAUAAUUAAAGUUUUUCAUUCUUAUACUUCAGAGACUGAUCAUAAGCAGUAGUCGCUGUUUUAGCAUUAGCAGGGUACUGCUGCACAUAAUGUGGUCUGCAUCAGAGUAAUUUGUAAAUAAAAAUUUAUGAGAAAUAUUUUGAAUUUAGAGAGCUCCACUCCUGGACCUAAAUACAGUGCUUAGUGUCCCUGUUGUCUGUCACCCUUCAAUGGACAAUUAUUUAGCCUACUGCCUGGUGAGGUUUAAGCUGCUGGAGAAUGUGCACUUUGAGUUCAUACGCUGAACUACACAUUGUACUGACUGACUGAGGUACAGGUAUUGCUGGGGUUGCCCAUCUUAGGAGGGGCAGUAACCUCUGACAGAGAGGUGGGACAAAUAGCUAGAGAAAUGAAUGUUUUGAUGCUUUGGUCUAUGAGAAUCAAGGCCCUAAUAUUUCCUACUUGCAUAAUAACAAGGAUCUUAUCAGUAAGUCACUAAUAUAGGUGAUAUGCCAGUGAUUGAUUGAGAAAGUCUUAAUUACCAUGAUGUGCAAGACUGCUUUUAGCAGAAAUAGGUAACAGAACAUUAAAAAUGGUACAAGUACUGGAAGUGCAACCAUGAAAUAUUUCAUUAAAGUCUCAGCCUAGCUAUAGGUGACAUGGUGAAAACACCAAACUGCACUUAGAGCCAGACAAACUAGGAUAUGUUUACACAUGUGACUGCAAGUCACAUUUUGGAUAAAGACUCAAAAGACUUGGCAGCAUCAUAUGAGAACUGACCUAUAACUUAUAUAUGUAUGUGUAUGUAUUUUCUAAUAUGCACGUAAAAGGCCAGGCUGCUUGGGUUUAAGGACACUAAUUACUUCAGCAAUCUCAGUGGUUAUAUACAACCUUUACUAUGCAAUCGUCUGUGCUACUUAUUAGUAAGGGCGAUUUUUUCCUGGUUUUCAUACUAUUUAUUUUAGAUUAUUACUACUUAUUUUGGAGUUAAAAUUUGAUGCUUAGACUGGCAGAAUGGAUUUGUCUCUCUUUCCCACAUCUUAAUUAACAUUCAUCCUCAUUUGAAUAGGAUAAAAUUGAGGCCUUCAGACAAAUUUGUUGACAAGUCUGAAAAUUAAUAAAAAAAUCAGGGCACUGAUCAGUGAUUGAAUUUAAGAUAUUUUCCAGUACUUUUGUGGGAAAGUUAUUUGUAAUUUUGAGAUAUGUUCUCUGCAUUUUUUUUUUCUUUUUUAAAUCUGUGGUAGAUUCUGACUGGGCCAGGUGGUGUCAUUUAUGUGCAGCUCCUCACUACACAAUUGCCUUUACAAGUAAGGAUUUUGUAUUACUUCUGUGGCACAAAUAUAGGGAAUGUGGUCCUUGAAAUAGCUGCAGAAGGGGGAGUAGGAUUACAGAUUCUGGCUCUGCUGCUCACAGUCACUCAAUUCAUACAUUUAUUUUUCAAUUUGGAAUAAAUAUAUACAUUUAUUGUUAAGACAGUUGAAGCUUAAAUUGUAAAGGCCUUGAGAACCUUAGAUUAUAGACACACAUGUAGUUGCAGAUGUUUUUAUACAAAAAAAAUGUUAAACAAUAUCUCAUGUAGUAAAAGCUUUAGUCUCCCAAUUGCUUGUGCAGUCAUUUUGUUCUUUAAAGAAAUCUAUCUUUGAGAUGAUUUGAAGUGGAAUCAAAGGGGGACUUUGCUUUUAUUCAUUUUAGUUCUUUUGCCAAUAUGACAGUAUAACAAAAGUAGUAUUCAAAAAUGUAUAAUACUCAUGGUAGUGUUCUGUCCACAGAAGUGCCUCUUAGAAGACUUAGUAAUAAUUAGUAAAAUAAAAGGAUGAUUUAUAUUAAUAAUGGUGCCUGGCUUAUAUUUCUAAAACAAGCAUUUUCUCAAGUUCAAAUUCUCAAAGUAGUCCGGCAUGCCUCUAAGGUUUGUAAGCUUCUUAAAGGCUGUGUUAAAGAAACAACUUGUUAAAAAUCCAUAUGAACUAUUUAGAGAUGAUAGAAGAAGCAGCCAUGACUUCUGACUGCAUAGGUAAUCUUGCAUCUUAUUUGUCUUGCGUAAUUCGCCAAACAUUAAGAUAGGUGUUUGUCUUCAUGAUAAUUUCAAAUCAUCAUUCCAAAAAACCACACACACAUGUAUGGCUGUUUCUAGAGAAGGUCACUGCUUGCAGGAAAAAGAAAUAUAUUGCCUCCCAACUGAUCAUGAUAUGCUUCAUAAACAUAAAGGUAGUAUUUGGAAUAUUUCUCUUUGCAGCACUUAUGAGACAAAUAGUGUGAUAGGAUAAAAUAUUUACUUAAUAAUAAUUUCUUUAACUAUUAAGGCUUUAGAGUUGGGCUUUUUUUUAGUUGUGUGCAUGCUUUUCAACAUGCCUUGUAGAUAGGCAAUGUUAGUAUACUGAAGUAUAUUAUGAAAAUGUAAAUUUAAUGACUGCUAUAAAACAAUUUAUUCGUCGAUGCACAGUGUCAGUAUAAAUACCACAUAUGUGGUAUUAAUAGGUGUUAGUUAAUAUAUGGCUUAAUAGGUAUUUCUGAGUACAUGGCUAUAUGUAUCAUUGCCACUGUUGUGUUUUAUCUGAAAUGUUACGAUUCCGUAAGUUACUGGCAAAAUACAAUUUUUGUUGAUUUUUGCCAAUAAUUUGUUGACCAUGGAAGGCAUUUUAUCCAACCAGGAUAUAUUUUGAAUCUUAUGAAAUCUGUGCUACGAAUGCAAGUUGUUUAUAAUGAGGCUUGCCAUAACUUGAAACUGGAAUACCUGGUUGUUAUGUGAUCACUUCAGAGUAUUUUUAUUGCACUAAAGCUCUGUAGACAGCAGCCAUGUGCCAUUCCAGUCGGACUAAACCUGAGUAACACAUCAUUAAAUUCUGACAGCUGCUUCUUAAGAAGGACAUAUUUUUUUAGAUAUUUAAGAUGAAAUGAAUAUUCAAGCUCUGACAGGCAUUAUUAGACACUUUCUUCCAAAGAUAUACUACAGGUAUAUGUGUGGGGAGGUUUUUUACCCAGAUAGUUAUAUAUUUUAAAACUGUUUUGUAUUUGGAUAGCCUUUAAGCAAAAGGCUUAAUACAUGUAGUUCAUUUUAAAACUACCUGAAUAAAAGUACAAUUGACUGUA